UAAAAGCUUUUAACUAAAUUCCUGCCUGUCAGAUGUAGGCCCCAUUUUGAGCGUGGAGCUGCCUUCGAGCCGAGCCGGCCGCCCAUGGUGAGCAGAGCCGGCGGUCGGGGCUGGGCCUUGGCCUCGCCUCAGUGACCCCCGGGCCCCGCAGGUGCCCCCGCCAUGGCCGCGGCCGAGAUGCCCGGCUACCUGGUGUCUGCGCCGACGGAGAAGCACCGGCGGGCCCGCAACUGGACGGACGCCGAGAUGCGCGGCCUCAUGCUCGUCUGGGAGGAGUUCUUUGACGAGCUCAAGCAGACCAAGCGCAACGCCAAGGUGUACGAGAAGAUGGCGAGCAAGCUCUUCGAGAUGACCGGCGAGCGCCGGCUGGGCGAGGAGAUCAAGAUCAAGAUCACCAACAUGACCUUCCAGUACAGGAAAUUAAAAUGCCUGACAGAUAGCGAGUCCGUCCCUCCCGACUGGCCCUAUUACCCGGCCAUUGAUAGGAUCCUGGGCAGGGUCCCCGACUCCGGUGACGGGAAGCUGCCGGACGGCCAGCAGCCGGGGCCCUCCACGUCCCAGACCGAGGCGUCCCUGUCGCCGUCGGCUAAGUCGGCCCCCCUGUACUUACCGUACAACCAGUUCUCCUACGAAGGCCGCUACGAGGACCGCCGCUCCGACAGCUCCUCCAGUUUCCUGUCCCUUAAGUUCAGGUCGGAGGAGCGGCCGGUGAAGAAGCGCAAGGUGCAGAGCUGCCACCUGCAGAAGAAGAAGCUGCGGCUGCUGGAGGCCACGCUGGAGGAGCAGCGCCGGCUGAGCCGCGCCGUGGAGGAGGCCUGCCGCGAGGUGCGCCGCGUGCUGGACCAGCAGAACCUGCUGCAGGUGCAGAGCCUGCAGCUGCAGGAGCGCAUGAUGAGCCUGCUGGAGAAGCUCGUUGCCAAGCCCAGCGCCUAGGCCUGUGUGGGUGGGGACUCGGCGCGGCUGCGGAGACUGGCAUGGCUGUGGGGACUCGGCACGGGCACAAGAGCUCGGCACGGCUGUAGGGACUGGCACAACUCGGCACGAGCUCAGGGACUCAGCUAGGCUGCAGGGACUUGGCACGACUCGGCGCAGGUGUGGGGACUCGGCACGGCCUUGGGGACUCGGCACGGCCGCAGGGACUCAGCACAGCUUCAUGGUGACCCAGCCCUGCUAGCAAGUGUCCCCGGGAGGGGGGUGGCCGGGAGUCCGGCCUCUGCCAGGGAAAGCCCUUCUGAGGGGCUGUUCGGUGACCCCACGGGCCCUGGGACCCCCAUGGCUCCAGCAUUAAAGCCCGUCCUUGGACACCAGGCUGGGGACCCCCUGGCCGCUCCCGGGCAAUUUCACAGCGAGGUCACUGUGCCCGUCCCCUGAAACGGCUUUGGUGUGGACAGCGCCAUUUCCCCGUGGCCACCCAGAGCCUGGUUCACUGCGGGGCUGGGUGGGCAUCCGGCAGGCUCUUCUGCUCCGAACGCAAGGAGGUGGAAACCGGCCCGGGGGGCUCGUGCCAGGAGGACCCCUCUUCCGAAGGGGGAGCUGCCGUCCCCUUCCCAGGUCUGCCUUGUGGGCCCGAAAGUGACCCCUGAGAGGGCUCGGGGCUGCCCGGCCUUCCACGACGUUGGGUGUUUGGACGGCACCCCCGGUAAUUGCUCUAAUAAAAGGGUAACACCUGCUCACGAGCCGCACUUUUCAGUUUUCCAGGCCGAGGGGACAUCGCGGUGAGGGGAACAGGGCACAGAGCCCCUGCCCUCCAGGCUCCCUCCCCCGGGGCACCAGACAGACGACCGAGAACGGCCCGGAGCAGGUUGUGGUGGCAGGAGCCAGGGCGGGUGCCGAGG